AUGUUAGACUCUGCAGCAGAUUCCUCCGUCGUUGAGGACCGGCCUAGUGACUCCGAAAAAAUCGCGCACGAAACCUCCACCGACACGAACGCACCGACACAAUGGCGCCAGAUUGCGAUACUGUUGGCGCUGUAUCUGGUGAUGUUUGCAGUUGCGCUGGACAACACGAUACUUGCACCUGCUCUCCCCGUCAUCACGGACCAUUUUCACUCUCUCGACGAUAUGGGAUGGUACAGCUCGGUCUACCUACUGACAAUGUGCGCCACGCAGAUCCUCCACGGUCGGCUAUGUACCAUGCACUCCAUUAAAUGGGUUUACAUGACAAAUUUGGUAGUCUUCGAAAUCGGAUCCGUCGUGUCGGCGGCAACUCCCACCUCGGUUGGCUUGAUACUUGGACGGGCUAUCACAGGAAUAGGGGCGGCAGGGCUUCUUUCGGGUACUAUCUUGCUCAUUGCUGCGAGCAUGUCUUUGCGGCUUCAGGCAACGGCUUUGGGUAUUCUUGGGGGGUUGAAGGGCGCUGCAGCCGUGGCUGGGCCAUUGUCAAAUAUACUCCUUUUCUCCAUAUAUCUCUUCGAGAAGUAUAAGGGUCAAUGCUAA